GCUAGGUGCGUAGGCAAGCCUCAAAAAUGGCGCCCCGUCUCACUUACCGCCGGCGCCACAGCUACCACACCAAGUCCAAUGCCGUCCGGAUUGUGAAGACGCCAGGCGGCCGGCUGGUGUACCAGUACAAGAAGAAGCAGGAGAGCCACCCCAAGUGCGCCAUCUCCGGUGCCCGGCUCCACGGCUUCGCUGCGGUGCCCCACACCCAGCUGCACACGCUGCCCAAGCGUGCCAAGAAGGUUAACCGCGUCUAUGGCGGGUGCCUGUCGCACAAGGUGGUCAAGGAGAGGAUCAUCAGGGCUUUCCUCAUUGAGGAGCAGAAGAUCGUGAAGAAGGUGCUCAAGCUCCAGAAGGCCCAGGAGAAGAAGGCCGCCAAGUAAACGGUGUUCAGUUCGUUCUCGAGAGCAAUGCUGUAACACACCUACGCGCAUUGGACUUCGCCGCCUGCGGUGGUUUGCCAGCACUAACGUUUGUACUUGAUAGAC